AAUCACUCAUUGUUGUGACGUGUAGAAAGUAGGCAGACAGAAUCUAGGGCAAAUCGCUAUUUCAAAAACGUUGAACCAGCUUUAAACGAUAGAAAAAAUGUUGGAUUUUUUUUCAAUUUUUAGCAAAGGAGGCAUAGUGUUAUGGUGCUUUCAAGGAACAUCCCAGAUAUUUACUUCUUCGGUUAAUGCGCUAAUUAAAGCGGUUAUUCUACAGGAACGUACAGGCCAGCUGUCAUAUGAUCACGAUAAUGUUACCCUUAAGUACAAACUGGACAAUGAGUUUGAACUUGUCUAUGUGGUGGCUUACCAAAAAAUUUUACAACUGUCGUAUGUUGACAAGUUUUUAAAUGACAUCCAUCUGGAGUUCCGAGACGCCUACAAGAAUGAACUACAAUUGCAACAGUUUGGAGGGAAAUUUGAAAUCAAUGAAAUGUUUAACAGUAUCCUUAAAUCUGCUGAGGAUUGGGGAAGGUUGCAAGCAGCUGCUCCCAAGAUGAUGAAGUCAUUUGAAGAAUCCCAGAAGUCCAAGAAGACAGUGGCUUCAAUGAUUGAGAGAAAGGGAGAUGACAAGGAAAACAAAAAAGUUAAAAAAGUUGAAAUCAAAGUACCUGAAGUUAAACCAGAAAUUAUCCAAAACAUCGAAUUAUCCGAAGAGGAUAUUAUUCAGCAAAAAAGACGUGAGUUCGCUGAGAAGAUGGCGGCUGGGAAAAACAAAAGCAAACCACCCACUGAAAAACUGAAAAGUCCCAAAGCGACUUCAAAGAAAUCCAAAGAGAGUCGAGUUUGGCCAUUGGGUGGAGCCCCGAAAGACAUGGAAACACUAGACUAUACUAAAGAUAAAGAUAUUGGCGAAAGCCCGUUGCCGCAGCAAGCUGUGUACCUACCAGACCCCAAGUCUGUAGGCACUCUGCAAGGUGAAGUUCGAGAUAUGGAUUUCGAAUCGGAGUCGGAAGAAGAAGAACAACAAGAAGAGGGAACAACUGAUUAUGUACCGAAGCAAGUGACCCAGCAAAAGAAGCAGACGGGAAUAUUUUCGCUAUUUAAGAACUUGGUGGGAUCAAAGACCAUAACUGAAGAAGUAAUGACACCCGUUUUGGAUAAGAUGCGUGAUCACUUAAUUGCUAAGAAUGUCGCUUCCGAGAUUGCCGGUAAAUUGUGUGACUCUGUGGCCGCUAAACUCAACGGCAAGGUGCUUGGAACGUUUGAGAGCUUGGCUAACACGGUUAAAGCAUCUCUCACGGAAUCUUUGGUGCAAAUCCUGUCUCCCCGCCGACGAGUUGACAUUUUGCGUGACGUCUUUGAAUCCCAGCGACAAAAUCGGCCAUAUGUUAUGUCUUUCUGUGGUGUCAACGGCGUGGGCAAAUCCACCAAUCUAGCCAAAAUCUGUUUUUGGCUUAUAGAAAAUAAUUUUCGCGUCUUGAUUGCUGCCUGCGAUACCUUUCGCGCUGGAGCCGUCGAGCAACUUCGUACUCACAUGCGCCAUUUGAACUCGAUUCAUCCACCGGAGAAGCAUGGAGGUAGACAAAUGGUCCAGCUUUACGAAAAAGGAUACGGGAAAGACGCUGCUGGAAUCGCCUUAGAAGCAAUUAACUAUGCUCGAGAUGGAGGUAUUGAUGUUGUGAUGAUUGAUACUGCUGGGCGGAUGCAGGACAAUGAACCGCUGAUGAGAGCCCUAGCCAAAUUGAUUAAAGUCAACGAGCCAGAUUUGGUACUUUUUGUCGGAGAAGCUCUUGUAGGCAAUGAGGCUGUCGACCAACUGGUCAAAUUCAACCAAGCAUUAGCUGAUUACUCUAAUUCAGAAAAUCCGCAUACUAUUGAUGGAAUCGUCCUAACUAAAUUUGAUACAAUCGAUGACAAGGUGGGUGCUGCCAUAUCAAUGACGUACAUUACCGGACAACCCAUCGUCUUUAUUGGCACUGGCCAAACGUAUGCCGACUUGAAGACUCUAAAUGUCAAGGCGGUAGUUAGCAUCUUAAUGAAAUAAAUCAAUUAUAUUGAAAAGGGAAUAUUCCCCUUGGUUUUUUCAAAUAAAUGGGAAAUACGGAAA